UUCUUCAGACUCUGGUCCUGCUCUUUAUGGUGCUAAGGAGCACCAGGGAGAUGCUCAGAUGAUCCAUGUGCUGGACCACAUCAUCUGUAUAGGCCAGACAAGGAAGAAUAACUAGUGCAAGUGUGAGUGAGCCCUUAGAGGGUACUGGGAGUGCCCUGUGAGCCCCGCCCACCAAGCCUGGCAGAAAGCUUGGCUUGCCUUUUCGCUCUUUCGGUCCCUGAGAUGCCCUCCCCUCCCAACGAUGAAGAGGAACAAGGACCAUCCCCCAUGAGCGGGCCAUCUGUAGGCUCCUACCAGAGCUGUGGGAAGAGAAAGGUACCCACCAAAAAGAAGAAAGGCACGAUUACUGCCAACGUGGCUGGCACCAAAUAUGAAAUUGUUCGUAUAGUCAUCAAAGAGAUGGACUUUAUGAAGACCCGAGAUGAUGAUGAAACAGCCAACCUCAUCUGGAAUGAUUCAGCUGUACAGCAUGAGAAAAUAGCUGAGCUCAGGAAUUAUCAG